UUUUUUCAUUCCCUCUCUUUGGCUCCCUCCUUCCGCGCGAGUCUCAGGAGAAGCCGCAGCGCAAGGCGCCGCUGCUGCCACCCGGGGCCGGCUCACCUUGCGCCAUGGACUGGCAGCCAGAUGAGCAGGGCCUGCAGCAGGUCCUGCAGCUGCUCAAAGACUCGCAGUCGCCCAACACAGCCACGCAGCGCAUCGUGCAGGACAAACUCAAACAACUGAACCAGUUUCCCGACUUCAACAACUACCUGAUCUUUGUCCUGACCAGACUCAAGUCGGAAGAUGAGCCAACUCGUUCCCUCAGUGGUCUCAUCCUCAAGAACAACGUGAAGGCACAUUACCAGAGCUUUCCGCCACCUGUGGCCGACUUCAUCAAACAGGAGUGUCUCAACAACAUUGGCGAUGCCUCCUCACUCAUCCGAGCUACCAUAGGCAUUCUCAUCACCACCAUCGCUUCCAAGGGCGAGCUGCAGAUGUGGCCCGAGCUGCUGCCCCAGCUGUGCAGCCUGCUCAACUCGGAGGAUUACAACACCUGUGAGGGAGCCUUCGGAGCCCUGCAGAAGAUCUGCGAAGACUCGUCUGAGCUCCUGGACAGUGAUGCCCUCAACAGGCCGCUCAACAUCAUGAUCCCCAAGUUCUUACAGUUCUUCAAGCACUGCAGCCCAAAGAUCCGGUCCCAUGCCAUCGCCUGCGUGAACCAGUUCAUCAUGGACCGGGCCCAGGCGCUGAUGGACAACAUUGACACCUUCAUCGAGCACCUGUUCGCCCUGGCCGUGGACGAUGACCCUGAGGUGCGGAAGAACGUGUGCCGUGCCCUGGUGAUGCUGCUGGAAGUGCGGAUCGACAGGCUCAUCCCCCACAUGCACAGCAUUAUCCAGUACAUGCUGCAGAGGACCCAGGACCACGAUGAGAACGUGGCCCUGGAGGCCUGUGAGUUCUGGCUGACGCUGGCCGAGCAGCCCAUCUGCAAGGAAGUCCUGGCCUCCCACCUGGUCCAGUUAAUCCCCAUCCUGGUAAAUGGAAUGAAGUACUCAGAAAUCGACAUCAUUCUGCUCAAGGGGGACGUGGAGGAGGACGAGGCAGUCCCCGACAGUGAGCAGGACAUCAAACCACGUUUCCAUAAGUCCCGCACAGUGACGCUGCCCCAUGAGGCUGAGCGGCCUGAUGGCUCAGAGGACGCAGAGGAUGAUGAUGAUGACGAUGCUUUGUCCGACUGGAAUCUGAGGAAGUGCUCGGCAGCUGCGCUGGACGUCCUGGCCAACGUCUUCCGGGAGGAACUGCUGCCCCACCUACUCCCCCUGCUCAAGGGCCUCCUCUUCCACCCUGAGUGGGUGGUCAAAGAGUCGGGCAUCCUGGUGCUGGGCGCCAUCGCUGAGGGCUGCAUGCAGGGCAUGGUGCCCUACCUGCCGGAGCUGAUCCCACACCUCAUCCAGUGCCUGUCGGACAAGAAGGCCCUGGUCCGCUCCAUCGCCUGCUGGACGCUGAGCCGCUAUGCCCACUGGGUGGUCAGCCAGCCGCCCGACAUGCACCUCAAGCCUCUGAUGACAGAGCUGCUCAAGCGCAUCCUAGAUGGCAACAAGAGGGUGCAGGAGGCGGCCUGCAGUGCCUUCGCCACCCUGGAGGAGGAGGCCUGUACAGAGCUGGUGCCCUACCUCAGCUAUAUCCUGGACACCCUCGUCUUCGCCUUCGGCAAGUACCAGCACAAGAACCUGCUCAUCCUCUAUGACGCCAUCGGCACCCUGGCCGACUCUGUGGGCCACCACCUCAACCAGCCGGAAUACAUCCAGAAGCUGAUGCCUCCGCUGAUCCAGAAGUGGAACGAGCUCAAGGAUGAAGACAAGGACCUCUUCCCUCUGCUGGAGUGCCUGUCAUCGGUGGCCACUGCCCUGCAGAGUGGCUUCCUGCCCUACUGCGAGCCUGUCUACCAGCGCUGUGUCACCCUGGUGCAGAAGACUCUGGCCCAGGCCAUGAUGUACACCCAGCACCCUGAGCAGUACGAGGCCCCUGACAAGGACUUCAUGAUUGUGGCGCUGGACCUGCUCAGUGGCCUGGCCGAGGGCCUGGGUGGCCACGUGGAACAGCUGGUGGCCCGCAGCAACAUCAUGACGCUGCUCUUCCAGUGUAUGCAGGACUCAAUGCCUGAGGUCCGGCAGAGCUCCUUCGCACUCCUGGGAGAUCUCACCAAAGCCUGCUUCAUCCAUGUCAAGCCCUGUAUCGCUGAGUUCAUGCCCAUCCUGGGCACCAACCUGAACCCUGAGUUCAUCUCUGUCUGCAACAAUGCCACCUGGGCCAUUGGCGAGAUCUGCAUGCAGAUGGGGGCGGAGAUGCAGCCCUACGUGCAGAUGGUCCUCAACAACCUGGUGGAGAUCAUCAACCGGCCCAACACACCCAAGACGCUGCUGGAAAACACAGCCAUCACCAUCGGCCGCCUGGGCUACGUGUGCCCACAGGAGGUGGCACCCAUGCUGCAGCAGUUCAUCCGGCCCUGGUGCACGUCCCUCAGGAAUAUCAGGGACAACGAGGAGAAGGAUUCAGCCUUCCGAGGCAUCUGCAUGAUGAUAGGCGUCAACCCCGGGGGCGUCGUGCAGGACUUUAUUUUCUUCUGCGACGCUGUAGCCUCCUGGGUGAGCCCGAAGGAUGACCUUCGGGACAUGUUUUAUAAGAUUCUCCACGGCUUCAAAGACCAAGUUGGGGAGGAGAACUGGCAGCAGUUCUCAGAGCAGUUCCCGCCUCUGCUCAAGGAGAGGUUGGCUGCCUUCUACGGGGUUUCUGUCUGCGUCGUUGGAGGGGUUGCUGGGGAGCGCGCUGCGUCCAGAAGUCGCCGUGCCCUGGUCGAGGGGGGUUAGGGAGGAGUGAGCGGGACCCAAAUCCAGACGCCUUCCCCGUCCACCUACCUGCCAUGAGUGUGUGUGGCCUGGCGGCCAGUGGGCAGGUGGGUGGGGUCUCCACACUCAU